AUGUCUAAUCAAUUAGUGACAGAUGAAUUGUCUCAAUUACAAAAGGAAAUACUUGCUAAAAAUCCACAAGAUAUAAUUCAAUUCUGUGCAAAUUAUUUUAAUAAUAAAUUACAAAGUCAAAGAUCUAAUUUAUGGUUACAACAAUCAAAAGCAAAAGAAGCAGGUAUAGAAUUAUUUCCUCCAACAGAUAUAAUAGAGAAUCGAGAACCAAGUUUUAAAUCACCGUUUGGUCUAAAUGAUCCUCAUGGAAAUAAAUCAUCAAAUCAAAAUUCAAUUUUUAAAUCUAAUUAUAAAGUUGAUGAAACUGAUCAAGCACCUCCAACAAAAGAAAUUGAUCCUGAUACACCUACUUCCUCAUCACAACCACAAAAAAUCCCUAAAACUUUUAAUAUAAAUAGAAGAACUUCAGUAUCAGCAGAAGCAUUAAAUCCAGCAAAAUUAAAAUCAGAAAGUUGGAAACCUCCUCAAAAUAAUUUAUCAUCAACAGAAGAAGAAUCUUUAGCAAAAAGUUUAAAAAAUAAUUUUCUUUUUAAACAAUUAGAUGCAAAUUCUAAAAAAACAGUUAUAUCUGCAUUACAAUCUAAAAAUUUUAAAAAGGAUUCAAUUAUUAUAAAACAAGGAGAUGAAGGUGAUUUUUUUUAUAUAAUAGAAUCAGGUACAGUUGAUUUUUAUGUAAAUGAUUCAAAAGUAAAUUCAAGUGGUGAUGGAUCAUCAUUUGGUGAAUUAGCUUUAAUGUAUAAUUCUCCAAGAGCUGCAACUGCAAUUGCUGCUUCUGAUGUAACAGUAUGGGCAUUAGAUCGUCUAACUUUCCGUCGUAUAUUAUUAGAGGGAACUUUUAAUAGAAGAUUAAUGUAUGAAGAUUUCCUCAAGGAUAUUGAAAUAUUAAAAUCACUUACAGAUCAAGAAAGAUCAAAGUUAGCUGAUGCUUUAAGUACAGAAAUGUAUCAUAAUGGUGAUAAUAUAGUUGUUGAAGGUGAAAAAGGAGAAAACUUUUAUCUUAUUGAAAGUGGUACUUGUCAAGUAUUUAACACAAAAUUAGGUGAAAUAAAAAAAUUAGGUAAAGGUGAUUAUUUUGGAGAAUUAGCUUUAAUAAAAGAAUUACCAAGACAAGCUACUGUUAAAGCUUUAGAUAAUGUAAUUGUUGCAACAUUAGGUAAAUCUGGAUUUCAAAGAUUAUUAGGACCUGUAGUUGAAGUAUUGAAAGAUAAAGAUCCAACAAAGGUUCAAGAUGCUACAAUUGUUAAAUAA